AUUAGCAUACAGAUCAUAAUCACAGUCAACAACAUGGCUACCGACAUGGACAGUGCCAGCGCGAGUGAGAUUGAAAGUGACACGGAUAGUACCAAGAUGUCUAUCCCCAUACCAAGAAGGGAAGAGCUCUUCAACAGGAUUGCAAGUUUGGAGCAGGAAAAUAAGGUUUUGAAGAUGGAAUUGGAGACGUACAAGAUAAAAUGCAAGAAUUUAGUGGCCGAAAAUCGAGAUCUUCGGAAGGCGAGCGUCAAUAUUCAAGCACAAGCAGAGCAAGAGGAGGAAUACAUUAGCAACACGUUGAUGAAAAAGAUCCACUCGCUGAAGAAAGAGAAAGAGAAACUUGCUGUUAAUUAUGAACAGGAAGAGGAGUAUCUCACCAAUGAUUUGUCAAGGAAACUAACACAGUUGAGACAUGAGAAACUUCAGCUGGAGCAAACGCUAGAGCAGGAGCAGGAAUACCAGGUCAACAAACUGAUGAGGAAGAUAGAAAGAUUGGAGAACGAUACAGGAGGAAAGCAACGAAAACUAGAAGAGCUGAAGAGAGAGAAGAUAGACCUGGAGAAUGCUCUAGAGCAAGAACAAGAAGCCUUAGUCAACAGAUUGUGGAAGAGAAUGGACAAAUUGGAAGCAGAGAAGAGAAAUCUGCAGGAGAAGUUGGACGAGCCUGUUUCAGCACCACCAUCCCCACGUGAAAUAAAAAAUGGCGAGACGACAGAAACGCUUUCCCGCUACGUGGAACAGCUCAGGAAUGAAGUCCGGAAGCUCAAGAACCAGCUUCUUUCCACUCAGAUGGAACACCAAGAGAGGAUUGUCCACAUCCAGCAGGACGAGAGGGAAGUACGGGAGGAGAACGUCCGGCUCCAGCGCAAGCUCCUUCUGGAGCAGGAGAGGAGAGAGGCCCUAAGCAGACACCUGUCAGAGAGCGAGUCUAGUCUGGAGAUGGAUGAUGAGAGGCAAUUCAACGAGAUGGCUCAGGGUCUAAGACCUAGGACGAUAUCAUCACCCAUCCCCUACUCACCUAACCCAGCCAGGCCUAUCUCACCUGCAUACCCCGCCAUGACUCCCCCAUCCCCAGCCACCCGUGGUGCCUCGUUUGCCAGCUCCACGGCCAGUCAUCCAUCACCCAUCAGCCCGUAUGGCACCUCUCCACCGGUUGGACCAGCACCACUCAACCCUCACAUGAGAAUUAGGCCCCAGCCCCAAGGUCCUUCGCCAUCAGGCCACCACGACCGCUUCGUCAAGCCAACGAAUCCAACCUACACCAGCACACCAUCCAGUAACUCAUAGUCGCGAAUUCAGCCGUCUGAACUUCAGUUCUGAUCUGGGGAUGAUGAUGUAAUCGGACCCUCUAUGCCUUUAGCGCCUCCGUGUAUUUCUCCUGAUAUUGUAUCGGCUUUGUAUGGACAUAAGUUGCAUCAUUGUGCUCGGCAUGGCCAGGAAUUAUCGUAGCAGGACCGGAUCGUUGGAAUAAGAGCACGGGCCGUCCAUUGCCUAUUAUGAGGAGUACGGAAGCAGCGUUGUACAUGUUUGCGGUUCAGGUUCAUUGCUUCAUGCAGUGAUCAUACUUUAUAUCAUAUCUGCCGCUCGUAUAUUCAUAACCUUACAAAACUAAAUGCGUUUAAGCUCAGUGUUUUACUUAUGAAUAUGCCUUUAUGCAUGGGAUUUCUGACGAUCUCAUUUACUUUUCUCAAAGGGGGAUUCCCCUGCUGAUGAUAUUGAGGGGAUUUCCCUUAUAUCGCUACGAUGUACAUUAUGAUACAUUGCGUAUCAUCAAUAUCAGACAUCUUUCUUUGUAUCGCAUCCAUCCUAGGGUUAGUGCAUUGCUGUAUUUAUCAAGGUCUAGUAUUAAUUUUGUCUCUCGUAUGACUUUACAAAUUUUUUUUUUAUUCAUCAUUUUAUUGUCUUACAUGGAUGAUUGGGCAACUAGAGUUUGCAAGAUACUUGAGAAUAUUUGUUUCAAAACGUUUUGAAAAUGAGAAAAUAAGAAAUGGUUGAGAAGGUUUACAUGUUGUGUUCAACAUACAAAUGGAGCAAGAAAUGUGAAAGUGAUUUUCUCACGGCUAUGCACGAUGUGUAUAUAUUUUGCAAGAAGAAGAAGAAGUUUGUAACAGCUUAUAUAAGUAUGGGAUUAUAUAUGUAUUAAAACAGGUGAAUGUAUAUGAAGUUUGGCAAACUCACCAAACAAUUGAUCAUACAUUGGGAAGGAAGGUUCGUUUGGUGUGAAGAAGAUAUUUUUGUAUAGGUUGGAUUGUUUCUAUAUAUCAGAGGAUAUGUAUUUACUUGUGCAGAUACAUGUAUAACAAAGUGUGGUUGUUGUGCUGCGUGCGUUCAUUUCAUGUAUGAUCAGGAUUCACUGUAACUGUACCUGUAUGUCGACAUCUGUUCUAAGUUGAGUACAUAAUCUGCUCUUAUGGAUGAUAGGAAUAAAGAAAUAUCUUAUGAAAAUAGUUGAAGUGUAUUGAUUGGGCCUUUAACGCCGGAGCUUUGAUUUGAAACCUUUCAACAUUCAUUAAUGAAUUUUUAUUUCAGAUUGCAGGAGCUUAAAAAGCCCUUUGUCUUCUUACUUUCAUUCUAAAGCACUUGACAAAUGUAUCGUGUUCAAAAGAAUAGGGUAAAAGCACAAAUUUCUUCCAAAAUUCGCCACAAAUAUUUGAUAUCAUUAAGUUAACUUUCAGCAUUGAGCUGAAGUUUCCAACUUUCCAUCAUAAUUAUUUAACUUUAUUCUAGUUUAUCUGACAUUAGAACUCGGUCAUUGUAUUCAGUCGUUGUGAAUUUGUACUUAAAUAUGUCCAGCAUUGUUGCAAAGCACAUUAUUAUAAACUGCACACAGAUAAAUGUACGCUGUUGCUCAUUUUAUAGUCAAUAUCUCACUGUUAAUGUUGCUUACAGCACAGUGUAUUUACCUAACAAAUACAUUCUUGAUAUUUAAUCACUUAAAAAUCCUCUUUUGAUUUAGGUUUACAGAGAAGUUCUAUGAAUAAUAUUGUUGUAAAAGGACUUCCCCGUUCAUUAAGUUAAUAUUCUUGUAAACUCAAAUCAUGUUAAAGAUACUCCAUAAAUAUCUUUUUUAUCCGACUUGUACUCUGAUUGGCUUAGCUAUUAUGAGGUAGUAGUCUUAUUUUGUUCCUCUUGAAAGAGCAAUCAAAAUAUGAAAUUUUUGUGUCUUCUAAUUUUCUACUUUUCCUAAGAAAGUAAAUUCAUUGAUGCUGUUUUAUUACAAUUUUUAUGCAGUUUUCUUGAGUGGAAAUUGCCUUUGCCCCCCUAAAUUUUCAACAAUUUUGUCCUUACAUGUGUAUUAAAAAAAAUACAUGUAUAUUUGAAGUUGUUAUGUGUCAGUUCAGAAAACUUACGACUAGUUGCAAAGACUAUCUUACAUGUUCAAGUUCAGUAAUAUACAUGUAGGAAGCGACCGAAGGUAGAUUGAAAUGUACAUAUUGUAAAUUUCAGAUUGAAGUAGUUAAUUAAUUAAUGAUUUUAUGUAAAUACUUGAGUUUUUGCUAUCCAAAGUAAGUGUUCUUUUUUAAAAACCAUGCCAUGUUAAGAAAACAAAUGGUUGUGAGUUAACGCUCGGAAUGUUUUUGUUAAUUGUGUCUUUUGAGUGCAAGGGUAUUUGACCUUUUAAUCAAGAAAAAGAAGAAGCUAAUCAGUAUUAUCACUCCCUUAUAAUCGCAUGCCUGUCCAGAAAAUCCAUGAAGGAGAUUAAGGCCAUCUUUGCACUUUAAAAUUACCGUAUAUCUGUUUCCAAUUUUCACCUUCAUGUCAGUUUUCAAUUUCACUUGAAGAUAUAUUCUCUGUCUUGUAAUGUACCAUGCCUGCCCAUCAUUAAUGUUGUAUGUGUUGUUAGUUACGGCAGCAGCAUGUAUGUGUUUGUUGAGAGCAUGUUAACACUGUUUAGAAAUUUGAUUAAAGCAAUUCUGAUUUGAUGCAGGAAGUAGAUUUUUGUCUCAAUGAGAACCAUCCCGACAUGCAGCUUCUGUUUGACAUUAGGACUUUAUUGGAUCGGUUUAUGUCAGUAAAGACUUCAGUGUGGUGUACAACCCCUUUCAUGUACAUCAUGUCAUAUUAUAACGAAUAUUCCCCAUAAAGGCUUGUUCAUAUAAACCAACGCAAAAAAAAAUGAACCUGCCACGGUUUUACAUGUAAAUGAAUGACAACUGCAUGUGCUACAAGGCUUGUGCGUAUUCCCAGAGCCCUGUGUUACAACAUGCAGAAAUGGGUAGCAUAUUACACUUUGUCUUAUGAAAAACUGCAGGGGUGUUGUCGUGUCAUGUUCUAACAAGGCUUAAAGGGGCGAGGGAGUCUGUCCACACUAAUAUAUUUAGCAGCAGUGGUUGUACCGAUUUAUUCACUCAUGUUCAUUUAUGUAACUUGCCAUUUUUAUUUUUGUGUAUGAUUUGUGGUUAACACACAAAAUUUGGAAAAUACGAGGAAAGUUAUGUUGGAGGAAUGUAAAUCAAUGAGUGGUGUAUCAAAGAAACUUUUACUUCAAAGUUUUGUUUUUUCUUGUCAGCUGUGAGUUGAAUCAAUACGAAUAUAUAUUGAAAAUACGCAA